AUUCAAUAAGAAAUGAUUACUAGUUGAAAUACUGCAGUUGUAUUUAAACAAAGUUGUGUGAAAAAGGUUAUUUGAUUCAAGAUGAUCACUAUGGUAAAUUCUGCUGCCUUGGUGACUUGGCUGCAUGUUUAAGCAUAUUUUUUUUUUUCGCCAGCAGCUUGAUACUCCGUUUCACAAACCCCCUCCUUUCUUUAUUAUAUUUUUCAUUGUAAUGACCCUCAUUCCAUCGUGUCAGCAAAAGUUACAUAAAGACACGGUUUAUUUUAAUAAAGAUUUUAACCAGGAGGCGCGACAGCAGGAAUAUAUAUCCAAUCAAGGAUAUAGUGUGUAUUAUUCAUAUAAGGAUAAUGGAUUUUUUAUAUUAUUCUUUAUCUUUUGUAUCUCAAUAGUUAAUCGCUUGUUAGAUGUAUCUAAAAACAAUUAAAUUUGAUCUUUUUACUUUAUAAAAUAAAGGAGAAGGGGGGAUUGCAUUUAAAA